UGAUCAUCUGAUAUCAGUUCAACUGAGGAUAUCAUUACGUGCGGUUGAAUAUUUUCUCUGGAAACAACGAAAAGAACGAAAUCGAAUUUUGCUAUUGAUGCAAAAUGUUCAGUUUUCACAAACCUAAAAUCUACAGGAGCAUCAAUGGAUGUUGUAUAUGUAGGGCAAAGUCCUCUAGCUCACGGUUCACUGACAGUAAGAGGUACGAAUGUGAAUUUGAAAAGUGCUUCAGGAUAAACGAAAAAAGAGCUGGAGAAAUUUGCAAUGCUUGUGUUUUGUUGGUUAAACGUUGGAAAAAACUACCAGCUGGGACUAGUCGUCAUUGGCAUCAUGUUGUUGAUGCUAGGGCUGGACCAGGAAUCAAAUCAACGCUCAAGAUAAAAAGCAAAAGUCCAACAAACAACAAAUACAAGUCUCCACUGAAAACCAAAAAGUCCUAUGCCAUUCCAAGUCCCCGGGGCUAUUUUGAUGAUUUAUCAGUGAAUGAAGAUAGUUGUGACAAGGAUGUGUUUGGAGGGAGUGAUAGUGACGAUUCAGACAUAGAUGAAAGUACAGCCCACAUGGAUCGACCAUCAAAGCACAAGCGCAAACAGAGUGAUCCUAGAAUCAGCUCAUUCCUAGAUCUCAGCUACUGGAAAAAAACUCAGGUGUGUUGUGGAACUAUAUUCAAAGGACUGAAUGGGGAAGUGUUGGUGGAUCCCCAGUUGUUACAGCCCUGUCUUAGCUGCCGCAAAGACGUCCAGACUCCCAGCUCAAAGAUCCACCGUUCUCAGUCUACUGAUGAGACUGAGAGUAACUCCAGUAGUAACAGUGGGUAUGGAGAUGGAGACUCCGAGUUCUUGGACACAAAUUGUGUUGAUACAGACAGUUUACCUGACAGCGGAACCGCUACUACAAUACCUCUAUCCUCAUUUCCAUGUACAGACACAGCUCUCAGUGCAUUUCCCACGCCACCACCUCUAGCCAUGGAGUGCUAGUUCAAAAUAUCAUCUCAACGUUUCAUUAUGAAAAAAACAAACCAGUUCUCAUCAGAAAAGAGACAUUAUUCCCACAAUUCCUUUAUUUAUUUGAAUCAAUGUGUUGUGAGCUCUGCCAAACUUGCAAUACCCAAUACAAUUUGCCCAGGAAUUUAUACCUUUCUUCCAUACAAGUGACAUUAACUACUGUGUACUUCAGAUGUAGCUUGUGAGUGGGCCUACAUCUACAAAGUUCAGUGUAAUUAUUUAUAUCUUGCCAAGGUAAGAUUCAAGUGCUAUAAAUAGCAGAUCUGCAUUAACACAGGUGUAUGACUGUAUUACACACCAACUGUAAAGUCUAGUCAGGACUUGGUAGUGAGAGAAAACAACUCUCUCAUGUGAAGCCAAGUCCAAAAAUACAAAGAUUUUUUUAUGUUCUUUUUUUUCCCCAAACAAUGUCUUCUCCGUUAUUUUAUAUAAAACAUGUAAUAGGAAAAAAAAGAAAAGAACUAUUCAAUUGAUCUCUGAAAAGUUAAUCUCAAAUUUGUGUUUUGGGAGAACCAGUUAAUCUGAUUUUGUGUUUUGGGAGAUUAUUUAUGUGGAACACUUGAAGGCAGUAAUAAGCACACCUGCUGAAGCUGAUGAGAGCUAGGAACACUAAAGUGGUAUGCAACAGAGAGAGAGAGCGUGGGAGAGAGAAAAUAAAAAUAUAUAUUUACACUGCUACUGUAGCAGCAGCAGAGGACAGCACACCAGCUACAGAUAAGACUAGUGGGUCUCUGUUACUGCUCAUCCCUUGGGGAUGGUUAGUGGUAUCACAUGUGUCCUGUAGUGGGACUAUAGGGCCCUGUACAGGGCAUGAUGGGUUGGUGCAUCAUUUCUCGGCUGUGUAUAGAGUGCAGGACUCCACAACAGACCAACAACACUUGCACAAGUUCUUACAUCAAAACUUGAGGUCCCUGAAAAACCCCAUGCUUUCUCAUCAAAUUAAAAGCCUAGAGGGUUUGGAUGUUGGAGAAAAGAUAUCUGUUGGCCUUUCAUGAUUUACUGAGUGAGGGUUGUGUAGUUUGGAGGACGUGACCAAAACAUGUGAUUUAUACAUGAGGACUGUGUCACUCUAAAACUAUUCAGCUGUCCUGCUUCACUGAUACAUACGCACAAAAAAUAAUAGAAUUCUGUAUUGAGUCUAGCCAUGUCCCUGUGUGUUGGCCUUAUCCUGUAAACAUAGCAGUGUAGAAUCGUCUCCUACUGAGUCUUCCAACACAUUUACAUACUUAUCACUAACAUUUCCUGACUGCAACUGCCUGAAAAUCAUGCAGUUGAUGUAAACACAAUGCAAGAUAUUUUUAUUUAUUUACAUAUCUUUUAUUUUUGAAAAAAAAGCUGUGUUAUGGUCCCCUCGCAGACAAAAUACACUCCUCCUAGGAUAAAAUCUGCUCAAAUUGCUCAUUCAAUUUGAGGAAAGAUAUUCCAUUUGUUAAUAUCUGAAAUUGAAAACAAAAAAUUUAAUUUUUUUAAUCAGUUCUCCAGAUCUGUUUUGAAUCAGGGAAGAAUUUAUUUAUAGAAGUUAUAUUAAAGUUGUUGGUUUGUUGAAAAUUAUAGGAUGUUUGUGCACUGUUUUCAUUUCGUGUAUUAGCACACAUGUUCAUAUCCCCCAAAAAGUUGGAAUAUAUUUUGAUGUAAAGCCAGGUAAUGCUCUUUAGACCUCUACAUGCCCCAUUAAUGUUGAACAGUAAUUCUUUGGUGGCUAAUAGGGACUUAAGGGUUGGUUUGAUGUUAAAAUGAGUUAUUGUAAUGUCUUAAAAUUUGUUUUUCAAGUGAAAAGGAAAUAUUGAACAUUCAGUGCUUGCAAGAAAUUCUGCUUAAUUGAUUAUAGAUUGCUACCUCAGACAUGUGCAAUAUUCUCUGCAUGCGCAUGCGUCAACCAAAGAAUUCAAAUUCACAUAUUUCAGUGUUAAUAUUCCUCUACAAUGGACUGGAUCAUUAUUCUGUAUGUACAAGAAGCCAUAUCAUGCCAUUUUCUGUCAUUUCAAAGAAAGCUUGCCAGAUUGAUCAGGAACGAUGCACCUGUUGUAGUGUUUUCUUAAUUAGAAAUUUUAACAGAAACAGUUUUGAUCAGUGAUGUAGUAUAAAUUUGUACAAAUUUGAUGAGCUUUGUUCUCUGAUAAAUGAAAGGUGGAUGAUGCUUUGAAAAUAAACUUGAAAUGUGAAGCUGCUGUUUGUGCAAAGGGAAGGUUUAGGUCUGAUAAGAAAGCCUGCUCCUUGUGAGGGUGAAGAGGGGGAUGGUGUUUACAGGGUUCAUCAUGUGAUCCUUUACUGGCAAAGAAAGGGGAGUUUGUACAUGUAUAUAUAUAUGUCAGAGAUUUAAUGGUUCUCGGUUGCAACUCUGAUGUGACCUAGUUCUUGGGCCAGGUUUUGAUAUGGAUCAAAUCUGCAGACUUUCUUUUUUCAAAGUAAGCUUAUCAUAUUUCACUAGACUCCAUUAGAUGAGGCCGUUACCUUCUCUGAACCUAUCUGGAUUUUGUUUCACUUCAGGCCUGACAUUCCUAAUUGAAGAAUUGUCAUGCAUAAUUUAAGCUUUGGUUUUAGAAAAUGGAAAAACUCUUUUGCAAUGAGGCAGGGAUUGAAGAAAUUGUAUAUACAAAAAAAGGGGGGGGGGGGGGGAUCAAUCUAACAAAAUGAUAUUUCAAGUACUAUUCUUUAAACAUAAACUUGUCAGAUUUAAAAGCACUAUUUUUAUACAUUUAAAUGUGGUGGUUAUUGAGAGGUUGGGAUCAGCCUGUGCCUGACCUAGUUCUGUGUUACUGGGUUAUUAUCACAAUGGGUGGAUCACAGUGUCUCUGAUGGUCUGUGACCAUCACAAUACAGCUCCCUACUGACAAUGUCUUCUCCACUCCCACUGCACAUUCCCAGUCCUUAGAUUUGUUCUGCUUCUAGAAGUGAUAGCCUACUACACAUCUGUUCAUCUUCUUCCACUAAAGGACAUUAUUCAGGAUAGAAACUUAUUUACUGUGCUUACUACAUCUGAAUAGUUUUGACAAGACAUGUCCCAGGAUUUUGCAUAAUAGAAUUUCUUUCUUCUUGAUUUCUCAUCAUCAUAAUUUAAUUUUGUUUUCUGUACAAAUGGUAUAGUUAAGAUAGGGUGCUUUUAAGGGUUAUGCAAGAAACUUGGUGUAGUCAAGUUAGGGUGCUUUCGAUGGUAAUGCAAGCUUUUGAACUUGUGUGUACCUAAUGCUUUGUCAUUCCCAAUAUCACCUGCAACUUCAACAUUUUUUUUUACCAAAAAUAUUUUAUUUUAUGAUUAAUAUGGUCAGUGUGAAUUCUGUAGCAAUUAAUUGUAUGUUGUGCUAGAUAAUGUUCAAUAAUUGGUCAAUUUGUACUUUUUGCAAGGUUCACACUCUAAAUUUGUUCCAGUAUAUAUUCAUGCAACACCACUAGUAGUGUAUGAUAGAUAUAUAUCACAUGGUGUUAUACUGUCAAGUUCAGACUCAUCCAUGCUUUAUAAA